UCCCACUUCUGGCGGGAAUGCUCCGAACUAUGCUAGUCCCAUACGGCAGUUAGAAAACAUUCAUCAGGGAAUUGCCACGCGCGGGACGUUACAUUGUCUCACAUGCUGCAUGCAUCUUCUCUUUGUCUCCGUAUUCAGCCAAAAUCAGAUCUAUCAUUGGAUUCAAUAUGCCAAUCCCUUUUUUGUUGGGUUCCGUACCAACGAAUUUAAAAAGUAUUCAAGAAUACCUUGAUGUUGCUGCUGAUUAUGAAACAACCGAUGUAUCUGUUAGCUAUUGGAGUCGCGUAUAUGCUCUUCAGAAAGGAUUUAGUCAAUUAAAAGAUAGAGAAGACUUGGAAUUUUUGCUUGAUCUAAUGGAAUGGCUUGGGGGAAAGAAAGAAGAACUGAAGUCCCUCAAGACAGUAUGUGACCUAGUUGAGGCCCAACUUCAUGUUGAAAAUGUUGCUCAUAAUCUUUUAACCUGGGCUGAAAGUGGAUUCCAGUUAUUCCCCAUUAAUCAGUUUAACAAGAUUGUUGUUGGGGCAUUCUUCAGUGCUAAAAUAUUGCUGGAUGUGUGCUCAAUAUUUGGCGAGCUAAACAAUGAAAUGGCCAAAAAGAAAAAAAAAAACUUAUGUCAAAUGAUGCCUAACAUAUUGACAACAUUGAAGCACAAAUCCGACCCUCAUCCUGUUAUUUCAGGAAAUAAUGACCUGAGUUUCGAUGCAAAAAAGAUAUACGACCGAAUCUUUCUAUUAAACUUGAGGAAUAAACCGUCAUCCAUGAAGCAACCCUUAGGAUUGCUUACUCAAGAAGUUGUGCGUGGUGGACAGAGUGAAGAGGACAUUUCUAAAAAAGGGAUUGAUCCAAAAUUAUCUGUGUCCCCUAAACUGAGGCCGGCAAAGGUUGCCUUGAAGAAGUUCACCGAGCUGCUGAAUGAACUGAAUCCAUCAACGUGGAAAAAGCUGUUACCAACGAUCAAAGGUUUCAGAAUGAACUAUGAAAAACGGUUGUUGGAAAUCACGGACUUAAUUUAUGACAAGGCUAUUGAGGAACCGAAUUUGUUGCCCGUUUAUGCAAAACUGUGUCGAGUCUUGUGGUACCGAAAAGUACCUUGUGCCUCAAAUCCAAGCGGUACUACAAAUUUUCGCGCCUUUAUGCUGGCCCGUGUCCUGAAAGAAUUUGAAAAGGCUAACACAAAUACCGCCGGAGCCAAAACCGAAAAGGAGGAAGUCAAAAGCGCAGAAACGGUACAACAUAAUUCUGUCGACGAUCCCCAAGAAAAUCAUAGAAUUAACACUGUUUUCAAGGAGACGGAAAAAUUGGAAAUUACUCUUGGAGAAAAAAAUGGAAGCAAACAUACAUUUGCCAACAUCAAAUUUAUGGCAGAAUUGUUCAAAGUGAAAUUAGUUGCUGUUCAUGUUAUCCAUGACUGUAUAGUUUGGUUACUGGACCAAAAUGAAGACGAGAGCGCGCUCGAAUGCCUCUGUUCAGUCCUGGUUACCAUCGGUAAGGAACUGGAAACCCCUAAUGAAAGACCAACCGCGAAUCCGAAAUAUUUAGAGGAUAUAUCUUCUUAUUACCGCGCUUUGGAAGCCAUCUUGAACUUCACCGAAAUGUCAAACCGUGUACGUGCCUUGAUUCGAGAGGUCAUUGAUAUGCGCAAUAGCGGAUGGCUGUCUCGUCAUGAUAACAGUUUUGUCAAAAUCGAGCAAGAUCCCAGUGAAUGUGAAGAGCAGGACUUAAAGAAUGAUCGUCAAUUCAAAAAUUCUUCCAAAGUGCCUUGAUGAUUUUUCUCGCAUUGUUGAUAAUGCGUUCCAGAAUGGUGAAGGAACUGAACGGGCCAAGCUGGAGAUCGAACACAUACCUGAAACACCGAAAGUUGAUCAAAAACCGGCCGCUUCAGCCGAAGCUGGUGAAAAAGUUUGCCCUUUGGUAC